AUGUUCUCCUCGUCAUACAAAUAUUCUGCUUUAACACAAAACGAUCCAGAAUCACCAGAAGACGUCAUCGAGAUGGAAAGUAUUGAAGGAUAUUCAGGUGUCGUUGAUUUUGGAGAUCCGAAUGAAAGUGUAAUGGAGUAUGGAAUGCCGGAGGGUUCUUUUGAUUCUGUAUUCACUUAUGCACCAUAUAAUGAUCUGGAUAAAAUGGGUUAUAUGGGUCCGAAAAGACAUGGAAUGGUUCUCGGGAGCAAAUAUGGCAACUUCACUUAUACAAGAGAUUACGGAACUGAUAUGGAAGAGAAUAUCAAACCACUGACUGCAGUCGAACUUCUGAUUUACGGUCUCUCAAUGUUAUUCGUCGUGAUGACGAUGCCAUUAUCUCUUCUCUUCGCACUCAAGUUCAUAUCAACAAGUGAGAAAUUGGUUGUUCUCCGACUUGGAAGAGCUCAGAAAACACGUGGACCUGGAAUUGCAUUAGUUGUUCCUUGUAUCGAUACAACUCAUAAGGUUACUACUUCAAUUACUGCUUUCAAUGUUCCUCCACUACAAAUUAUCACUACUGAUCGAGGACUUGUCGAACUUGGAGCAACUGUCUUCCUGAAAAUUCGAGACCCGAUUGCUGCAGUUUGUGGGGUUCAAGAUAGAAAUGCAUCUGUUCGAACACUUGCGAAUACCAUGCUGUACAGAUAUAUUAGCAAGAAACGUGUAUGUGAUGUGACGAACUCUCAAGACCGAAGAAUUAUGGCUGCAAAUUUCAAAGAUGAAUUGGGUGCAUUUACGUGUCAAUUUGGAACUGAGAUUACUGACGUGGAGAUGUCAGAUGUGAAGGUUGUCAAAGAAGGAGAGAAUAUGGGAAUGUCUGCGCUGAGCAGUGUCGCUAAAUCAGAUGCUGGACAGCAGUUGUGGCAAGUAAUCGGUCCAGCGUUCGAAGACUUUGCAAAGGAGUGCGCUGCAGAAGCCAAAGAAAAGGAAGCAGCGCCACUUGUUGAUUUAUCUGAUGGACCAUCGACUUCAACAUCAGUUCCAACGUCUUCAACUUCCAACGAGUCUUCCAUCGACAUCGAUCACCUUAUUACUGUAGCCAGCAUGGCAAUUGAUGAGCAUUUAGUUCGGUUGAUAGGAAAGGUGUUUCAAAUUAACUGCAAAGAUGUGGAUCCGAUAUGUAUUGAUCUGAAACAUGGUGCAGGAAGUGCCUAUAAGGGAACAGCAUUAAAUCCGGAUGUAGUGUUCGAAUCCAAUUUCGCCGUUUUCGGCAAAAUAUUAACCAAAGAACUUUCACCUGUGAAUGCAUAUAUGAAUGGAAGUCUGAAAGUGCGCGGAAGCAUUCAGGAUGCAAUGCAAUUGAAAUAUCUGGUUGAGAGAAUGGCCGACUGGAUCUGA